AUGGAUACUAUCCACUUAGAUGGUAGAUCAUGGUCUGCAAAUCAUCAGAGUAUUGAAGACGACGACCAGGUGCAGACAAUUAGAAAGGGUCCAUGGACAGAAGAAGAGGAUUUCAGACUCAUUCAUUACGUUAACAUCCAUGGCGAGGGUCACUGGGACCAUCUUGCUCGUUCUGCAGGUUUAAAACGAACAGGGAAAAGCUGCAGAUUCAGAUGGCUAAACUACUUACGCCCGGGGAUUAGACGUGGAAAUUUUACCCUCCAAGAACAGCUAUUGAUACUUGAGCUCCAUCUUCGCUGGGGAAAUCGGUGGUCGAAGAUUGCACAAUUCUUGAACGGUAGAACAGACAAUGAGAUCAAGAACUACUGGAGAACGAGAGUCCAAAAGCAGGCAAAGCUCAUGAAAUGCGAUGUGAACAGCAAACAAUUCCAAGCGACCAUGCGUUAUGUGUGGAUGCCCCGUUUAGGGGAGCAAAUGGGAGCCACAUCUUCAUGUUCGUACAACGCCAAUAUGAUGGAUAGGGGACUGAUCAGUUACGAUCAUGAAACAAGAGGCUCCACUGCGGACGAUCCUGCUAUGUCACUCCCUGAGGUGAUCUCUGCUAUUACGUCUUAUGAAAAAGAGGGCAGUAAUUCGCAGGACACUCCAACACAUAAUAUUCUUAGUGGUUCAAACCACCAAUCAUUUCAAUGCUGCAAUGAUUGCUUUGAAGUUGGAGAUUUUUUGGACCAUCUUUUUAACGAUACUGAAUUUGUAGGAUUUUUGCAAGAGCAGCUAUUUGAUUAG